AUGCCUGUUGAAUUCCAGGUUAAACCUUUUAGAUCCCAGUGGAAUAAAGAAAGUUUAAGUUAUUCAACAGAAGAGCCGACUCUAUUCCGGGUUGCACGGGCUGAAACACUAGUUAAUAAUGGCUAUUUCGCUACUGACUAUGGUUAA